AUGGGUAUUGGAUCAACUAAAAUCUUAUCAUAUGAUGAAGCUUCAAAAAGAUUUUCUCAAAAUGAUUUGGAUCGUAUUGAAACAGCAUUUCGUGAUAUAACUAAUGGAGCAAAUGAACUUAAUUAUAUAAGUUUUAAACACGAUGUAUUUUGUAAUUUUUUACCUGAAAAAUUAGCAGCUCGUCUUUUUCAAAUUUAUGCGAAUUCAUCUCGAUCAGGAGUAUCACUUAAAGAUCUUAUUUGUUGUUUGGCAGUGAUCUAUCAUGGUUCAGAAAAAGAACGCAUGCAACUUUUAUACGCGUUAUUUACUCCAACUGGAAUAUUACGUUGGCAUGAUGUUGAACAAUUUCUUUCACAAUGUGGUGAUCAAUUACCAGAAGAACUUAAAAAUUUCUUUGAAAAUAACGAAAUAAUAACACAAGAAAAAUUUCUUAAAUGGUUAGAAUAUCAUCAAGGUCAUACAACAACAAUUACAGAUUGGCUUUUAGAUGAACAACGUUUAUAUGAAUUAUUAACUUAUUCAUUUGAGAAAACAUCUGAUCAAUAUUCAAUUCUUGCUGGUGUAACUCAUUUAUCCGAAAAAGAAAUUAAAGAAUUAGAACAAAGUUAUUAUCAAUUAUAUACAUGGAAUAAUAAUAGACAACAACAUAUGACAUUACGAAUAUUUUCAAGUAUACUUUCAUUGGCUUUUCCAUCAAUACUUAUACAAGGUGUAUUUGAAGGUUUUGAUGAAAAUCGAGAUGAAUGCAUUGAUUUUAAAGAAUUUGUUUGUGGAAUCAGUGCAGCUUGUCGAGGUCCACAAUUUGAAAGAUUUAAAUUUCUCUUUCGUGUAUUUGAUCGCGACCAUGAUGGUAUACUCAAUUAUUCUGAUGUUAUCUACAUGACUACAUGUCUUAUUGAAGUCUCACAAUUUGUUUCUAUACCUAAUAUACAUUCAAGAACUUCACCUGAAGUAUAUACUGCUGAAAUUUUACCAACUAAUGAUUCCGUAUUGAAACCUGGAGAUUUUUUAAUAUGGUGUCAAAAAGAUGGAUUAUUAAUUGAAUUACUUGAUCUUAUUUUUCAAACUUGUCAUGUUAUAUUUGGAUUAAGACCAUUAUCACAACAGGAUGAAGUAACAAUUGUCAAGCAUUUUCUUCAUCGUGAAAAAUAUCCAUUUACUAAACCGGAUGUGAUAUAUCAUAGACCCACAUCAAAACCUGGUGCAUCAUGGUAUCUUAUCUCAAUGGAUUGGUGGCUUAGAUGGGAAGCUUUAUGUACAUCAUCAAUAAUAAAUAGUAAAGAAUUAAAUAAUAAAAAAUCUCCAUCGACAAAAUCGAAUAAAACUGAUAAUAGUCGUGAACUCGGUGAUAUUAAUAAUAGUUCAUUGAUUGAAAAAGUUAUUUCCAAUGAUUGUGUUCAACUUAAACCCGGUCUUCGUCAUGGAAUUCAUUUUGAAAUGAUACCUGAAUUAUUAUGGAUAUUUUUACGUAAAUAUUAUCGUUGUAAUGGACCUGUUGUAUGUCGAAAAGUCAUAUAUAGAAAAAAAAUUAAUAAACCUGAACUUGAUUUAUAUCCUUUAAUAACUAGAAUUUAUCGUAAUCAAAUUCUUUCACCACAACCAUCAGCAACAACAAAUACGAAUAAUAAUAAUUCACAAUCGAUGCAAUUUGUUUAUCCAUUACUUAAUUAUGUAUCAGCAAGCAUGUCAGGAUUGAAUAAUUCUUCAAAUUCAGUAACAUCAAAUACAUCGCGACAUAUUUUAGCUUGUUCAUAUUUUGUUAGUCAAUAUCAAACAGUUCGAUCACUUGCAGAAGAACUUUCGAUUAAAUUUGGAAAAUCUUUAGAAGAAAUAAGAUUAUGGAUGAGAUAUAAUGAUAAUGAUCUUCGACCAAUUGAUUUUGAAUCUAUUGAUGAUAUAACAUGUCAAGAAGCAGGUUUUAUUCAAAAUACUGAUAUUUUAUUAGAAAUACGUAAUAAUGAUUUAACAUGGCCUGAAGAACUUUAUACAUUAGCAACACGUUCAAAAGCAUUAGCUGCAUCGGCAUUAUCACCAAGUAAUUCAAUAGGAAAUAUUGAUGAAGAAGGACGUGGUCAAAUUGGCCUAUCAAAUUUAGGCAAUACAUGUUUUCUUAAUGCAGCUGUACAAUGCCUCAGUCAUUCAUUUCCAUUAACAUUCUAUUUUCUUCAUAAAUAUCAUUUAUUUGAAAUAAAUAAAGAUAAUCCAAUUGGAAUGCAAGGAAAUAUAGCUUUAUGUUAUGGUCAAUUAAUUGCUAAACUUUGGGGAAAUGUUCGUGGACCAUUAGCACCAUUUGAAUUACGAGGUUCAGUAGCUAAAUUUGGUUCAUCACGUUUUACAGAUUUUCAACAACAUGAUUCACAAGAAUUUCUUUCAUUUUUACUCGAUGGUUUACAUGAAGAUCUUAAUCGUGUUUAUGAUAAACCAUAUGUUGAACUGAAAGAUAGUGAUGAUAGAUCAGAUGAAGAUGUUGCACAUGAACAUUGGUCAAAUCAUUUAGCACGUAAUACUUCAAUUAUUGUUGAUUUAUUUCAUGGUUUACUUCGUUCACAAGUUAAAUGUCGUAUAUGUGAAUUUAAAAGUGUUCGAUUUGAUCCAUUUAAUAUUCUUUCAUUACCAUUACCAAUAGAUACAUCAAUUUAUAUUGAAGUUAAACUUAUUCGUCUUGAUGGAUCAAAACCAAUACGAUAUGGUAUUAAACUUAAUGGUGAAUUAACAGUUGAUCAUAUAAAAACUCAAUUAGCAAUUUUAUCAGAAUUAUCAAUUGAACAAAUUGCGUUUUUUGAUGUAACAUCACCAACAUGUCUACGUCGUUAUACUGUGAUGGAUUAUAAUCAUACGAAAAUAAAACAAUUAAAUCUUCGUGAUUUUGUUGCAUAUGAAUUACCAUUAUUAAAAUUAACUGAUAAGGAUAAAUAUCUUUCAAUAUAUAUUGUAGCUAUACAUCGUCGAUUAGAACGUCAAGAACGUUAUUUAUCACCUUUAACUCGUCAUAAAAUUUUAUUUUUUGGCCAAUCAAUAAUUAUUCCUUAUAAUAAAGUUGAUUCAAUCAAAAUAACAAAUAAAAAUAUUUAUGAAAAUAUUUCUAAACAAUUAGAACGUUUAUUACGAAAAAAUACGAAUUUAACAUGUAUAUCAAAUCAUGCACUUGAUUGUGAUGAUUCACUUGGUCAACGUUAUCCAUUUAUAUUAAAACAUGUGAAAGAAGAUGGAAGAAGAUGUUCACUUUGUCCAUGGAAUCGGUUUUGUCUUGGAUGUUCAUUUGAAUCUGAUGAAAAAGAAUUUUUAUAUACGAAUGGAAAUAUUGCAAUCGAAUGGGAAUCAUCAGCUUAUUUUCUUCGAUAUUUAUCUGGUCAUGAACAAGAUGUAGAAAUUCAUUCCAGUGUAAAAUCAUGUCGAUUAGGAAAUAAUAUCGAAUCAAAUAAUGAUGAACCAUCAUCUGCAGUUACACUUGAAGAUUGUCUGCAAUCAUUUAUUAAUUGGGAAAAUCUUGAUAAUAAAGAAAUGUUUAGUUGUAAACGAUGUAAACAAUUACAACCAGCUGAUAAAAAACUUGAUAUUUGGAAAUUACCACCAUGUUUAAUAUUUCAUAUUAAACGUUUUCAAUUAUCAAAUAAUCGUUGGAUAAAAUCUCCUCGACCAGUUCGUUUUCCUAUUCGUUCAUUUCAUCCAGCAAAAUUUCUUGCACCACGUUCAUCAAAUGUCAAUUCAUUAGCAACUUCACCGACUGAAGAUAAUUUUAGUGAUUCAUCAUCUUCAGUAUCAUCAUUAUCAUCACCAACUAUGUCAGAACCUGUUUUAGUAUCAUCUUCUGUUGAUAAUAAUCUUAUACUAUCUCCCGCUCGUUUAUUGAAUGAAAAUAAUUCUAAUUUACAACAAGAUCAAACUAUUACUACCAAAUUACCUCCACCUGAAUCACAAAAUGAAAUAAUCAUAAAAAAGAACAAACGAUUUGGACGACGAAAAAAAAAAGUUGAAAAUCAAAAUGAUAAAUUCAAUAUUCCUUGCCCACCAAAAUUCAUUCAAAAGAAUGAUCGAUCCCUAAGUUUUGGUGAUAAUAGUUUUGAUACUGAUAAUGCUGCUUAUAAUCUUUAUGCAUUUAUUUGUCAUUAUGGUGUUAUCGGCGGUGGUCAUUAUGUAUCAUUUGUUAAAAAUCAUAUUAAUCAACAGUGGUAUUGUUUUAAUGAUAGUUCAUGCAAGCCGGUUUCUGAAAGUAUUCUUGAGCAAUGUUCAUCAUCCGCUUAUUUAUUAUUUUAUGAACGUGAAUCUCUUGAUCAUCGUUGUUAUAUGCCAAAUGUUGAAGGUAGAAAUCAAGUAGUAAAUGAACUCUCAUUAACUACCGAUGAUCGUUGGUGUUCCUUAAUGUGA